AGCCUGGAACAUGGCUUCGGUGCGGACCCUGAGCCUGGCGUUGUCGCCGCUCUUGCUUCUGCUGCUGCUAUUGCAGCCUGGAUGCUACGACGCCGCCCCGUUCAGCCCGACGUACAUCGACUGGAGCAGCUUCACCUGUGACCAGCUGAAUGAAGACAACACGGACGAACUUGACGGAUGUCGUUUCACCGAUGUCAGCCCAGGGCAAGAAGAGGUUACCUGCAAGCUUGUUGCCAAACAAAGAGAUGGCGAUAACAUUGUCACAACCUAUCGCAAAGUGUUGCUUAUCACACUGCAAUUCCGCCUCAUGGGAAACAUGUCUGACCAACAAGACAACGUCUACUGUGCUUCAUUUGCCACAAUGAACAUGGAAAUAAGGAACGACAGCAUUUACGAGACUCACACAGUAGGCGAUCUUCCUCAGAACUUCAUUAACUUCCUGUACUUUGUCAAGGAUGGUAGCUACAUCAGACUCGAAUUCACGAAGAAAAUUCCAGCAGCUAUUGUCACCGUUCAUCCCGAGUGCAACGAUGCUGACAGUAAGAAGAGAGGAGGGACAGACUGCGUGAAGAGCGUCAGGUUCAUGAAGGAGAUCAAGCAUGGGACCUUCCACCUACAAUUUCCCAGCGACGAAUUCUGGAUCUUUUUCAAACGGCGCUUCAUCUCUGAGCUCGGAGGAGAGAUGACUGGCAUGAAGCUGACUUCGUCGGGACGGCUCUCCGCCAUUUCACUGGACUUCUUAACGAGAUUCAUAUCCAGUGACGUCCGCAUGAAGGAGCUGUCACUGGCCAGCAUGACAGUCGGCCAUCUGGACGGACCAGUGAUCACUAUGCCUACACUCGAGAUCCUGCAACUUUCAGAUGACGGCAUCAUCUCAAUGAGUGAAGCCACCCUGCUGGCUGUGCCCAAUAUCCUGCAGUUGGACGUCGCAGGCAAUGAACUGAAGGAACUACCACAGCGGCUUCCUGGUAGACUGCUGGUCCUCAACGUUUCACGGAACCGUCUCCUGAGCUUGCCCACAGAGCUGCCUCAGAAGCUCAUCUACCUCAACAUUUCCUACAACGCCAUUGAGGAGCUUCAAGAGACGUUGCCAGCUACUCUGUUCGUAAUGGACGCUUCCCACAAUGCACUGCAGAAGCUGCCGCAGAAACUUCCAGCUGACCUUAACCAUCUCGACGUGUCCUACAAUCGACUGCAGAAGUUACACAUAAAUAUACCGCCAAACCUGGAAAUACUUCAGGUCGCCCAUAACCAGCUGAUGACACUUGAGCCCGAGCUGCUGGCUGCUGUAAAGCAUCUGCAGGUACUGGAUGUGUCUCACAAUGCGCUCACUGCGGUGGACGGCGUGUGGCUAUAUCACCAUCUGCCACUGCUCGACGUCUCCCAUAACAUUCUGCGAGACAUCAGUCUUCUUGGACCAGGCAACGUGUCGCAUAUUGAUGCCUCGCAGAAUGCCAUCGAGUGGUGGGAGGUCAACGCGGAUCGACUGUCGCUGGAGGGUAACCCACGCGCCGCGCUAGGGCUCCAGGAGAACAGUGCCACGAGCAGAGUGGCAGUCGUGGACCUUGGGGAGAGCAUCCAGCUCAACUGUGAUCCUUGCAAUGCGCAGAGUGCUGUAGCUCUGCAGCUACGACAUUGGCUUACACGUCAGCAGAACAAUGAAUCGCUGGAAGGGCCCCGGGUGGAGCGGCCGACGCAGCCGCUGUGCACGGAUCCUCAGGAGCAGGCAGGCCACGCCCUGCUGCUGGAGUCGGCGCUGGAGGACAGCUCCCACUGCCCGGGCUCGCCGCGGAACGUCGCCCUCUACCUGCUGCUCGCCGUCACCGUGCUGGCGCUCCUCGGCGGCAUCGGUGCCUUCUGCCACUUCCGCAGAUACGAAAUAACGUAUAUUAUUCACCUGAUGAAAAUGCGACGCGAGAGAAUGGCUGCUGAAAGGCGCAAUCCAGCCAGCUACAAGUACGACGCCUUCGUCUGUUACAGCAGCGCGGACCGCGCCUGGGUGGUCGGAGAGCUGCUGCAGAAGCUGGAGCACCCCGGGGAUUCCCCUGAUGAGCCGGCGCUGCGACUCUGUCUCCACGAGAGGGACUUCCCGCUGGGCUCGCUGAUCGCCGACAACAUCGUGUCCUCCAUGCGCAACAGCCGCUCCACCGUCAUCGUUCUCUCGCAGGCGUUCGUCGACAGCCAGUGGUGCCGCUGGGAGCUGGAACUGGCGUCCGUCAAGGUGUCGCACCUGGUGCUGGUGGAGCUGACGCGGCUGGAGCGGGCGCGGCUUCCGCGGCACCUGCGCUACCUCAUGGACACCCGCACUUACCUGGAGUGGCCGCAGCAGCCCAAGCAGCAGGCCGUAAUGUGGCGCCGUCUGCGCGCGGCCCUGGCCACCCCUGCUGUAACCGCAGCAGGCGCAGAAGAGGGCGAGGCGGGGCCGACAGAUGAUGGCGACCAGAAGAAGAGUCGCGAUGCCAUAAAGGCGUGAUAUACAUCAACACCUAUUCCCUGCGAGCCACAUUAUGGUGCUAGGCGGGCAUUAUCACUGUUGCCACCACCGUUCUGGCACUUCCUUGUUCUGCAUGGGAAGGUUCGUCUGCCGACGAAUAAGUUCUAAUUUCUCAAAUUUUUUUGGUAGCGGUCAUUUCCAGAGAUACAUAUGGAAGAAAAUAAGAUCUUGCUCAACUGUUCCUCGAGUGCACGCUGUGGUAAUUUCAACCAUAAUGCUCUGCACGAUACAAAAGUCCCUCUUGUAUCGACAGCCAGCGUAGCUUGCUGAGCAUCUCUGUAACACUCUCACGUUUUCCAAACCAUCUUUGUUGGCUCUUUUCUGUCUCUUCCGUUAAUCUUCCUUGGUAAAAACCACACACCGAUAGCUAGUAGGAGACAGUGUUCUGUAAACCACUUCUUUCGUGGAUGAAUUACAAUUCCUUACGACUGUUCCACUGAAUCACACCGUUCAUCUACUUUACUUAUAUUGUAUUUUAUGUGGUUGUUCCCCUUAUUGUUACUCAUAAGUAUUUUACGGUUGUUACUGUUUCUGGUGAUCUUCCACCAACAGAGUAAUCGAAUAGUGAUGGAUCCCCUCACCUAUUUAACGUCAUACUUUGUACGUGGGCAGCUGCACCUUGGCCACCAGCCUCCUCGUAAAAGGCGCCUACUAGAUUCAGGAGUGGCUAAGCUGCAACACCUUACAUCGCUAUCUUUCUGAAGCCCAUAUUUAUUAUGAGGACUGGAACUCAAGUACGCAAGCAUCAGCAAGCAUAAUACUAUGCGAAAUACAUCAGUGACAGAAUACUGAAACAUAAAGAAGUCGGUUUAAUUUUUCAACAGACCUCACUGGAAAUACAAUGCAAGUAAAACUCGUGUGGCAUAAAUGGCUAGGAAACACCGAUGGGUAGAAAGUUUGGAAGGUAGGAGACGAGAUACUGGCAGAAGUAAAGCUGUGAGUACCGGCCGUGAGUCGUGCUUCGGUAGCUCAGAUGGUAGAGCACUUGCCCAUGAAAGGCAAAGAUCCCGAGUUCGAGUCUCGGUCGGGCACACAGUUUUAAUCUGCCAGGAAGUUUCACUGAUUGGUAGUUCAGCUUUCUAAUUCAAUAUGUUUUCCUUUUACUUUGCGUCCACAGACACCUUUCCCUUGCAAAGUGUGACAGCUAUGUACGUUGUAAGUGGAUCUCUUGAGUGUAGGUGACAGCAAUCGGUGUCUGUAUAGUGCAGUCUCAUGUUCUUGUUGGAGAUGAUGAGAGAAGGAAGAGUGUGAAAUCAGAUACCAGUAUGCAGCCUGUCAAAGAACACAAAGGGUUUCCCAACUUCAACAUUCCCAUCUAACAGACAGAUCAGCAGCAAACAAUUUCGCAAGUUGUUGCUUCAUGAGACACUGCAGAGAGGUUAGGAACUUAAUCCAGAACAUUGGCGGGAAGACUGGCAUUCAGGGACUGUACGCCAUCGCCCCUGCUGUCUCUUCUGUCGUGAGCGCAAAGGGAAAAUUAUAAACAGCAUGCAGUGCACCCGUACAGUCACCCAGCAAACUCCCAACUAAAUACAACAGAGCUUAAAGGACUUAACUUAGAUUAUAUGACUGAAACCAGCGUACCCACCUCAGCUUGGCUGUGUGGUAAAAUGCUAAACUGACACUUACUGAGAAACUCUCUAACUUAGAACUUGCCGUUUAUGUUGUGCAUCAAACAAGUAUUCAACAUUGUAGAUUCUGUUUAAUAUUACUUUUUGCAUAAACUGUAAUUGACUAUGUAAAAGAUGUUUGUUUAAUAGUAUAGUUGACUAUUGCUAAGUUAUACAGUUCACAAUGAAUGUCAUGACUUCAAAGACUGUAUCACUUCAACCAUAUGAACUGUGAUACUGUAAUAUUGUGUUUUAACUGUUUAUUUCGUUUAAUAUUGUCCACUGCGUGAAGUUUGAUUUAUAAAGCUAGAAACAAGUUUGUUGCAGAACACUGUGUGCAAGUGGCUUGUAUUUUUGUUUAUAAUGUUUGAGUUCCUAAAAAUUAGUGUCCCUUGCGGUCACCAGUCAGUUGUUUACGGAAGAUGCCCCAAUAAACGAAAAAAAUAGUUACAAACAAACAAAAAUCAGUAGAACAGAAACAGUUUACUUGUUACUCAAAGUCAAAUACGGAACUGUUCAGCCAAGAGAUGACAUAAAAAUCCGCAUAGAAGAUAAAUCGCAUUCUUUCUCAGUUGCAAGUUCAGUUGUAUCUAUCAUGGAGAUAACAAUAAAAUUGUUAGUAUUUUUCAAUUGAAUGUUGAUUUUGUUUUGAACAGAACGUGCAUCACUUAUUUGUGUUAGACAUCAUCAUUUCUCAAUAAAAUAAAAGAUAAUUCUUUAACUGAA